GGAAGAGCCGUGGCAGCGUGUUGAAGGGCUGAACGGUGCGAAGUGAGAUGUUCAAACACGUUUUUCUGACAGGACCUCCAGGUGUGGGGAAAACCACCCUGGUCCAGAAGGCCUGUGAGGCCUUAGUGUCAUCUGGCGUGGGAGUUGAAGGCUUUUACACAGAGGAGGUCAGGGAGGGAGGCCGGAGAGUCGGCUUUGAUGUAGUCACAGUGACAGGAGAGAGGGGCCACCUGUCCAGAAUCAGAGACAUUACGGGUCCAUCUCAUAGCAGACGGGAAUACACAGUCGGCCAGUAUGUGGUUGACUUGCCUUCAUUUGAAAACCUGGCUCUCCCCCUCUUCAGCAAUGUCGGGGCAGCGGAUGGGGGCAGCAGGAAGGUGUUUGUCAUUGACGAGAUUGGCAAAAUGGAGCUCUUCAGUCAGUCGUUCAUCAGAUCGGUGAGACAGACUUUAGACAGCUCUUCCUGUACCAUCCUGGGCACCAUCCCCAUUCCUAAGGGUAAACCACUGGGGCUCGUUGAAGAGGUACGGAGCAGGAGAGAUGUCAGGGUCUUCACGGUGUCGAAGGAAAACAGAAAUGCUCUUCUCCAAGACCUUUUAGCAGCACUACAAGAUUGUCUAAGACAAACAACCUAAUAUGGUGAUUCAGAGCAACUACAUGGGAAAAACCCUGCAGUGCUUGUGUAUUUUCGUGCUGACAGCAAGUUUUAUUUGCGUCAAUGCAUACACAGCCAGACUAUUGAGUGGAUCCGCACGCGUCUCAUAACAGGGUUGUGACCUAACCUGAAGGGCAUACUGAGCUGCUGGAAGAGUUAGUGUGUCACAUGCAUGUAUUUAUGUACACCAUUCUUUUUCUUUCUCAAACAGCCUUAAAAUGGAUUGCAUGCUGAAUAAUUGAUUGUGAGAUGGAGCGCAGCGGGGGGAAUUGUUCAGUUAGUGUGUAAAUAUCCCGUGCUCUCAGAGUCAAAGACUGCUAGCCCUCAAAGCAGCUCUGUUUUAUUUUCUAUUGGUCUAACAGAGACUCCAGCAGGCAUUUCUCAUUAAUUAGUGUAUAGCAUUAAUUUGUCCACAAGGACAAGCAGUGGUAUUUUAUUAUUAUUAUUUUAUUUUAUUUUUACAAAGGGCCAAACAAAACCCCUGUUUAUUCAUUUAGUUACUGUCCUUGUGAGCCUUCCUUGUGUUUGUCUUGUCAAUGUGAGGAUGUGCUCAUUGAAAAUCAAUCAAUAUUUAACGGUUCGACUAUGUCCAAUCCUUUCAUGGUUUAUUCAUCCCCCAGAAUGAACAGAGAAAUCGAAAAAUAAACAGUUUUUGUCUUUCAGCAGCGAAAUUGUUUUUCUCUGGCAUUCAUUACUUACAUUUGAAGAUGGAAAGUGUUCAUUUGUUGAUCAGUUACAAAUGUUUUCACACUGACUGACUGAAGCUUCAAUCCUGUUUUCAUAUUCAGCGGCACAAAUAAACAUGCUUCACUUAAGUUUGAGGGAUUUCAUGCUCCGUCCUGGGAGAUAAUGGAAU